AUGGACGUUUCUUCAUUCUCUCGCUACGACUCCGCCGCCGUCGACCACCCCCACCCCCACCACCUCCCCCCCGGCUUCCGCUUCCACCCCACCGACGAGGAACUCAUCACCUACUACCUUCUCAAGAAAGUCCUCGACAGUAGCUUCAGUGGCAGAGCCAUUGCAGAGGUCGACCUCAACAAGUGCGAGCCAUGGGAGCUUCCCGAGAAAGCGAAAAUGGGAGAGAAGGAGUGGUAUUUCUUUAGCCUUAGAGACCGGAAGUAUCCGACCGGUCUCCGGACCAACAGGGCGACGGAGGCUGGGUACUGGAAAGCCACCGGAAAAGACAGGGAAAUUUAUAGUGUCAAAACGUGUUCGUUGGUGGGGAUGAAGAAGACGUUGGUGUUUUACAGAGGAAGAGCUCCCAAGGGUGAAAAGAGUAACUGGGUUAUGCAUGAAUAUCGCCUUGAAGGCAAAUUUGCUUACCAUUAUCUCUCCACAAACUCCAAGGAUGAAUGGGUGAUUUCGAGGGUGUUUCAAAAGAGUGGCACCGGAGUUGGUGGCGGAGUUGACGGCGGCGGGGGUUCGAGGAAACCGAGGUUUAUUCCCGGUACGGUGAGUGUAUACCCAGAACCAAGCUCUCCGUCGUCUGUGUCUCUCCCGCCGCUGCUAGAUUCGUCUUUAUACUCUGCUCCGGUGGCCGCCACGGCUGUUUCCGGGAACAUAACUGACCGUGACAGCUGCUCGUAUAACAGCCCAAGAGAGCACGUGUCCUGUUUCUCCACCACCGCCGGCGGUAGCUUUAACAUCCCAAGUUACGAUUUUGCCACUCCCCCUCCACUUCUCGCCGCCGUUGACCCAUCUCCCCGCUUCCACCGGAACAUGGGUCUGUCGGCGUUCCCAAGUCUCCGGAGCUUGCAGGAGAAUCUCCAACUUCCGUUCUUCUAUUCGCCGGUCAAUCUUCCUUCUCCGCCACCACCGCCGCUCCACCAUGGCAACAUGUCCUCGUCAGCUGACGUCGUCGCCUGUAAUUCCGCCGGGAAUUGGGGUGUCUCCGACGAACCCAGAUCCAUGAACUCCACUGAACUUGACUGCAUGUGGUCCUACUGAAUUUCUCAGUUCAUCAGAAGUAGC